AUGCCUCACGCCGACUCCUCCUAUUUCUAUGGCCAGACCAAGGCUGAGGUCUACUCAGAGCUCUUGGACCAAGCUAAAGGCCUGCUCGACGGACAGCGCAAUUGGGUCAGCAACCUGUCCAACAUCUCCUCCCUCCUCUGGCACGCUUAUGCUGCUCUCCCUUCCCCAUCCUCCGCCGUGAACUGGGCCGGCUUCUAUAUUCGCGAUGACAAAUUCCCGGCGCUCGCCUCGCCCGUUUCGUCACCCCCGCUGCCCGGUGCACCCGGCCUUGGUGGUGUAACCAUCUCGACGACCUACGCCUCCCACGAAGACCAGAUCUUGCUCCUCGGACCUUUCCACGGCAAGCCCGCUUGCCAGCAGAUUCGCUUUGGAAAGGGUGUUUGCGGUACAGCUGCCGCUAGCCAGAAGACUGUUAUAGUUCCCGACGUACAUGAAUUCCCUGGCCACAUUGCCUGUGAUGCCGACAGCCGGAGUGAGAUUGUCGUGCCCAUUGUCAUUCGUGGAGAGACCGUUGCUAUCAUCGACAUUGACUGCACCCUCCCCUCUGGCUUUGACGAGGAAGACCAGCAAUACCUCGAGAAGCUCGCCGAGCUUCUGGCCGAGAGCUGCGAUUGGUGA